UCUGUGUGCGAUAACGGCUUAUCACGUGUCUGGCUUUUGUGAUCCCCAACGCAUCUCCCCUUCGCCACGGGCGCUCCCUCAUGUAUCUUCGGUCUCUAUUUGGUCUCUUUGGUCAUCUCCUUGAGAGCAAAGACGUGAACCCACCACAGGUUGCGGCCAGCAACUUCGCGGACAGCUCCAGUGUUCAUAGCUGGAAUGCGCAGUCCAUCGUCCUCACUCCUGGCGUCCAUCCCGACAUCUUUCCUACGACCGCUCCCUGUCCACCGCCUGGCAUGGCAGCCCUGCCGUGAGAGGAGGUUUGCUUCGGCUUCUUCACCAUCCUCGCCCCCGAAUGCCUCUUCGAUCCCCGUACUGCCGUUCCGAUUUGAAACUGGAAUUGCUCUGUUCGCAAAGCGUCCUCCGCGCCCAUUUCCCCCACCCUUCCUAUCCCCACCGUCUGCGUCCUUCUCAGAUCCUCUAAGCACCCAUCACCGAAGUCGCGAUCGUCGUGCCUUCGUCAACGGCCAACUUAUCAGGGGCCAGACGAACGGCGACGAUGCUGUUUACGCGAGCGAUUAUUUCAUAUGCGCAAACGACGGUGUGGGAGCGUGGGCUACGCGCCCUCGGGGCCAUGCUGGCCUCUGGUCACGAUUAGUUCUGCAUUUCUGGUCGACUGCCAUUGAGGAGGAAGUGGCCCGAUACCUUUCUGCCGAGCACCCGUGCGAGCCCGACCCUAUUGCCAGUCUACAAACUGCCUUUGAACUGACCCUCAAGGCGACUGAAGCGCAUGACUGUCUGGGUACCACGACGACUUGCGGGGCACAAUUACACUUCAAGAUCAACCCAGACGAUGAGUCACGACAAAAUCCAUCGCCUCUACUUUAUGUAACCAAUCUAGGCGAUUGCAAAAUCUUGGUUCUUAGGCCCAAGAACAAGGAGGUGAUAUACCGUACGGUGGAACAAUGGCACUGGUUCGAUUGCCCUCGCCAGCUGGGAACAAACAGCCCUGACACCCCCAACGACAACGGGGUUCUGGACACGGUGGAUCUAGAAGUGGGCGAUAUCGUGCUCGCAAUGAGUGAUGGAGUUUCAGAUAACCUCUGGGAACACGAGAUCGUGACUUCUGUACUCACGAGCGUCAAAGAAUGGGAGUCAGGCCAGGAUGCAGGAGCGGUCGAAGAUCGCACUGGCGGUCGAAAUGGAGGCAUGGACGCAGCCGCACGAGACCUGGUUGCCGCGGCGAAAAAGAUUGCCCAAGACCCAUUCGCAGAGAGCCCAUUUAUGGAGCAUGCGAUUGAGGAGGGGCUCGCCAGUGAGGGUGGAAAACUUGACGACAUAAGCGUUGUCGCCGCGCUCUGUGUGAGAAACGAAGGAUGAGGUUGGCUCACUGCGCCGACCGGAUUUGGAAGGUCCCUCGACUUAGACGUGAGGAAUGGCAUUCCAUGAGUAGGUGGUGAGGCUUCGACUGUGAUGAGGAAUGAUCAUGACACAAAACCGAGGCCGAAUCUGACUGGCUUAAGCGAUAUCCCAUAUUUAAGGGCUAAUUCCGACAUGUCGGACAUAUUUUUGUAAAGAGUGACAUGAAGAUAUCAUGACAUAUGCAUCAUAGGUAGUAAUGACGAUGGAGAGCCAUGGGGAGGUGGGGCACGACGAGUGGGCUGGGCUUUAUCGCACGUGCCAACAGUCCAGAUAAGAAAUUUAUUUUACGACGCCA